UCAUAAAAAAUGCCACUUUGAUAUUUUUCACACAAAUUUAAAAAAUAAUUAAAAUACAUUAAAUUUUUUAUUAAUUACACAUAUUUAACCAAUAGUAUUUGAAAUAAAUAAAAUUAUUUAUUAAAUCAAUGUAUUUGUAAUUAAUUUUAAACUGAAAGUUGCAGAUGAUAUUUUUUUUUGUAACAUGAAAAAAAUGCUAAAGCUAUAGUUAAUAGGAAACAAAUCAGAGAUCUAACGAGGUCCGAUCCGAUGGUUCCUAAGAUGACAUCAAUGGCGGUCGCUAGACCUCUCUGCUCACACUCUUGCUUGUUCCUCGCCUUUUCACUCGUCUCCAUCGUCUCGCUUCUCUUCUUCUCAAACUCCUUACUAUCCGACCCAAAUCUAAGGAUCUCGCGCGGUACCGUCGAAACGGGCAUCAAUGUCUUCGUAGCUGAGCUUCCGAGAUCCCUAAACUACGGUCUCCUCGACAAGUACUGGUCCUCUCCUCCAGAUUCACGCAUACCCAGCGACCCUGACCACCCGACCCGGAAACCCAAUCCACCCAAACCCGGUAAAUACCCGGAGAACCCUCUGAUCAAGCAGUACAGUGCAGAGUACUGGAUGAUGGGAGACCUCGAGACUCCACCCGAGAAACGAAUCGGAUCUUUCGCCAAAAGGGUUUUCAGUGAAUCCGAAGCUGAUGUAGUGUUCGUGCCCUUCUUCGCCACGCUAAGCGCGGAGAUGGAGCUUGGGAAUGGCAAAGGCUCCUUCAGGAAGAGAUCUGGAAACGAAGAUUAUCAGAGGCAGAGGCAAGUUGUCGACUUUUUGAACAAGACUCAAGCUUGGAAGCGAUCCGGUGGACGUGAUCACGUUUUCGUCCUAACCGACCCUGUUGCAAUGUGGCAUGUCCGCCAUGAGAUUGCUCUCUCUAUUCUUCUUGUCGUGGAUUUUGGAGGAUGGUUCAGGCUAGAUUCUAAGUCUAGUAGCUUCCCUGAGAGGAUUGAGCAUACCCAAGUCUCUGUCAUUAAGGAUGUGAUUGUUCCAUACACGCAUCUUCUUCCUAGGCUUGAUUUGUCUCGCAACCAGAGACGGCACAGUCUUCUUUAUUUCAAAGGUGCUAAGCAACUUAGACAGGGUGGGUUGAUUAGAGAAAAGCUAUGGGACUUGCUGGUGGAUGAACACGACAUUGUCAUGGAAGAAGGUUUCCCUAAUGCAACUGGAAGAGAACAGUCCAUAAGAGGGAUGAGAAACUCAGAGUUCUGCUUGCAUCCAGCAGGUGACACUCCCACUUCAUGCCGUCUCUUUGACGCCAUUCAAAGCCUAUGCAUCCCUGUGAUUGUCAGCGACAACAUAGAGCUCCCCUUUGAAGGAAUUCUAGAUUACUCAGAAUUCUCGGUCUUUGUCUCUGUAAGUGAUGCGUUAACACCUAAAUGGUUGGCUAAUCAUCUCAGAAGCUUCUCCGAAAGAGACAAGGAAUCAUUUCGAAGUAGAAUGGCAAAGGUGCAGUCAGUUUUUGUGUAUGAUAAUGGUCGAGCAGAUGGGAUUGGACCGAUCCAACCUGAUGGUGCGGUCAAUCACAUAUGGAAGAAGGUACAGCAGAAGGUGCCAAUGGUGAAGGAAGCUGUCAUUAGGGAGAGGAGAAAACCAGUUGGUACUUCUGUUCCUCUUCGCUGUCAAUGUAUCUGAAUUGUCGAACCAAACCCCCCCCACCCCCUCCCCCAAAAGAUUUGUUUUUUUCGUUUUGUUUUUGUUCACGAACAUUGUUGUGUCAUAGUAUAAAAUACUAUACCAAAAUGAUUUUGACAAACAAACAUUUUCUUUUGUAUAAUUAUCCUGAGGAUUUGUUGCUACAGACUGAUUGUGAAUCAUACAAAAAUUUGCUCUUA